AUGUCUGGACGAGGAAAAGGAGGAAAAGUAAAGGGAAAGAGCAAGACCCGAUCAUCCCGGGCUGGAUUACAGUUCCCUGUCGGUCGUAUCCACCGUCUGUUGAGAAAGGGAAACUAUGCCGAGCGAGUCGGAGCUGGUGCCCCAGUCUACUUAGCCGCUGUUUUGGAU